AUGGUAUCAUCACCUUUUCAUGGCUUCCACGUAACAUGUUUCCUCGUUAUUUUCACUUUUUGUCUUAAUUGUGUUUCAUCGACUACUGAGGGGACUAAAGAGUUUAUUGUGAGAAAAGAUUACAUAUGCGACGAUACCAAGGGCACCUAUACUAGUAAUGGUACUUUUAGUUCAAACCUUAAACUUGCAUUUUCCAAUCUCACUACUCUCUCUUCUUCACGCAUCUUCUCCAACAUCACGAUCGGAUCUGACGCCGCUGACAAUGUCUACGCCCUUUAUGACUGCCGGAAUGAUAUUUCUCUAGAUUUAUGUCACCGCUGCAUUGAGGACGCCAUUAAGAGUAUUCUAGAUCUUUGCAAUGAUCAACCUAAAGAGGCCAUUGUCUUUUAUGAGGAAUGCAUGUUACGCUAUGCAAACCGCAUGAUCUUCUCAACUAUGGAGCUCACCCCAAACUAUACGAAUUGCGACUUAGUCUAUUAUACCAACCGUGAUAUCAAAGAGGCUAUCAAGUCAACCCUCAAAUCACUAGUCGACGAAGCAACCAAGGAAAGUAAAUCAUCGAGUUAUUACUUUGCAUCUAAGCCUAUGAUUCGUAUAGUGGAUAGCUUCUGCCUUUAUUGCGUUUCUUCGAUUACUCAAGCGACUGAAGAGGAGUUUGUGAGAAAUGAUUGGGAAUGCGACGAUACCAAGGGCACCUAUACUAGUAAUGGUACUUUUAGUUUAAACCUUAAACUUGCAUUUUCCAAUCUCACGGCCCUCUCUUCUUCACGCAUCUUCUCCAACGUCACGGUCGGAUCUGAUGACGAUGAGGCUAACAAAGUCUACGCCCUUUAUGACUGCCGGAAUGACAUUCCCCUUGAUAAAUGUCACCGCUGCAUUGAGGAUGCCAUCGAGAGUAUUCUAGAUCUUUGUAAUGAUCAACCUAAAGAGGCCAUUGUUAUAUAUGAGGAAUGCAUGUUACGCUAUGCAAAUCGCACAAUCUUCUCAGCUAUGGAGCUCACCCCAAACUAUACGAGUUGCGCCUUAGAAUAUUACACCAACCGUAUGAUCAAAGUGGCGAUCAAGUCAAACCUCGAAACACUAAUGAGCAAAGCAACCAAGGAAGGUUCAUCAUUAUUGAGUAACUUUGCAACUAAGUAUGUGAGUGAUAUAGUAGGAGAUAGGUUCUUUUACUUUUUGGUGCAAUGUACACCAGAUCUAAGCAAGGUAGAAUGCAAGGAAUGUUUGACGGAUGCCUUAAAUUUCACAGUCGAUUCGUGUGCGAGUUAUAACCGAUUAGGAGGUCAAAUUAAGGGGCCAAGUUGCCAAAUGAGAUAUGAUGUUAAACGUUUCUUUAAUGUGUCGUCGUCCGACUAUAGCUCUACUCCUAUGAGUUCCAAGUCCAAGGCUAAACUUUCUUUCCUUAUCGUAAUCAUAUGUGUGGUUUUUGUCUUUGCAUUGUUGGUUAAAAUAAUUUGUCGAAGAAAAUCUUAA